GGUAGAAGACGGGAAGUUCCGAAUUGAGAAGUUCGAUGGUACAGAUUUCAGUUGGUGGAAAAUGCAAAUUGAAGAUUUGCUGGUUCAGAAAGAUUUGGACGUGGUAUUGGGUGACAAGCCAGAAAAAAUGUCGGAUGCAGAUUGGGCAAGUUUGGAUCGGAAAGCUAUGUCAGUGAUCCGUCUCUCGUUGACCAAGAAUGUUGCGUUCAACAUUCUGAAGGAGAAGACAGCGAAGGGAACUAUGGAAGCGUUGUCUAACAUGUACGAGAAGCCAUCUGCUGCUAACAAAGUUUUUCUGAUAAGAGAGCUGGUGAACACAAAAAUGAAAGAAGGCACUUCAGUUACCGAGCAUAUCAACAAGUUGAAUUCGAUCUUAGCCAGACUCUUGUCAGUGGGCAUUAAGUUCGAUGAUGAAGUUCAAGCUUUACUACUGCUAUCGUCUUUACCUGAUAGUUGGUCCGGAACGGUUACAGCAGUUACCGGUUCAGUGGGACCCGAUGGAUUCACCUUUGAUCAGAUUCGAGAUCUCGUUCUUGGCGAGGACGUCAGAAGAAAGAGUUCCGGGGAAUCAUCUGGUGAAUUGCUUCAUGUUGGUAGAGGCAGAAGAAAUAGCAGAGGCUCUGCGAGUGACGAUGAGGUCGCUCUGACUUGCUGUGAGGAAAGCAAUGUGGAUUCCUGGGUCAUGGAUUCUGGUGCUUCAUUUCAUGCUACCCACAGCGGUGAAGCAUUGCAGAAUCUAGUUUUUGGAGACUUUGGAAAGGUACGACUAGCAGACGACAGAGCUCUUGAGGUGACGGGCAUGGGUGACAUGGUGUUGAAGACCCUAGUCGGUUUCUGGACUUUGAAGGAUGUCAGAGUGGUUCCAGCCUUGAAGAAAAGUUUGAUUUCUGUCAGGCAGUUGGACGAACAGGGACACGAGGUGAAGUUCAGAGAUGGGCAGUGGAAGGUCAUAAAGGGAAAUCUUGUCAUGGCCCGCGGAAGAAAGAGUGGUUCGCUGUAUAUGGUCGAGUUACCAUCUGAGGGAGUGACCGUCCUAGUUCAGAAGAAAAACGAAGUCCGGUUCACAGAGUCUCGUGGGCAGAAUAAGGUUGUAUGUGCAAGAGAGAAACCUAGAGCCACUGGUCAGACUCAGGAUGAACGAGUGUGGAAAGGUUCAAGGAGGCCAGUCAGAGGUAUUUGUGGCAGUGGGAGCUCAAGAGGCGCUUCAGCCAAGUUGCCUAGAAGACAGUGGGUCAGGAGAACCAGUAUUCCAGCUGUUGGAACAUCUCCAGAAAAUUUCUUGCUAAGUACGGAGAUUGUUUGUUCUCAGGAUGUUCCAGGAUCCGGUAGUGUGCGUCUGCAGUGGGAGCCGGUAGGGACCGAGGACGAGUCAGGGGCAGAUUUUGCCGUGACUGAUGUGUUGGAGCUUGGGAGAGCUUCAACGGGCCUUUCAGUUGUCUGAUGAUAGGGCCGCUGCAACAGGAGAGCUGAGGAAGAUUACUCGAUGUACAGGCGAUCGUAGAGGAUGGCAGUUGAUGAUUAUCAAGCCUCCAAGUGGGAGAAUAUAUUUGUGUGUGUUGUGUGUUAAUUCCCAACAACUUGCACAACUUUACGUUUACUGGAGACCAAAACAUCGAACCAUUUGGAUGCUCUCAUGUUCAUUUCCUUCACCGGAUCAUCCACUUCUUUCUUAGACUCCCAUCUCCAUCUUCCCUCAAUCGCGGAGAAGGAAGACUCCGCCAGGGGAGACCGCAUCCGCGACUGUCGCCGGAUCUUCCACACCCCCUCCUUGCCAGCGGAGGACGCAUCCCUUCGACGGUCUGAUCUCCGUCCCUUCGCGGCUUCGACCCUGUGUCCUGGCCAUCGGGCACUCCUGUUGUCCGCCUUGCAGGUGCCGUGUGCGUUUAAUUUACUCCACUUUAUCUUCUUUUUGAUUUUGUUUCUAUUAUGAUGCCAUUUUGCUAUCAGAGUUGGAAUUAAUUUGUUACGGACUAAUUUCUAUGAAAUGACUUUGCUACCUACUAAUUUCUAAUCCUCCGUUCCAAAACUAUGUUGCCACUUUUCUUUUUUCUCUGUUCAUUUUCUUAUCACGAAAGAAAUAUGUGGUGCAUGGUGUUUCUCUCCUCUUAGCAAACAUCAAUUGCACAAUUUUAACUUUUUUAUUCUCGUCUCAGGUCAAUGUAUGCU